CGUCGCGCGGUCGUCUCUACGAGAGUGCUACGUCGCUACGAGAGCGCUACGAGAUCGCUACGAAGUGCUACGAGACCUCUACGAACGUGCUACGGACAAUGUGAAGUGAACUUUGUGCAAUAUGGAAUGGAAAUAUUUCGUAUUUUUCUGCUUUUCUCCCCUAGUGUUUGGGAACCCGGCUAAAUUAGAUUCGAAGAGGGACCACUGCAACAAGACAGUGGAGAUAUAUGAAGAUGUGUCCUCCCCGCCCGUCACCCCGGACAACUUCGGCCGACCGCUCACGUGUACAUAUAGGUUUCGAGCGUUCAGAGGAUCACCAAAAGACUGGAUACUUAGGAUUAGAUUCAAGAAAUUCAAAGUGGGAACCCUUAUUAAUGGGACUACGUGCCACAAAGGAUACAUGCAGAUAGUAGACGGGAACGCGAAGACCGACGUCUCCAACCGGAAGGAGCCAGGUCUCUUCUGCGGUGAGAUAGAACAGCCGCAGACCUUCAUCAGCGAGACCAAUUUCGUGAAGAUCGUCUUCCACGCUGACAACUUCACUGAUCAGACUUACUUCAGCUUUGAUUCCAGAGCGGAACAGCAGUUCGAGGUGUACCUGCGGUAUGGUCAGCAUCCAGAGCUGUACCCCAACAGACGAGGGGAGGUCGUGGCUGGGUCGUACUGCGAACGUGUGUUUCGGGACUGUCGACUGCAGACUUGCUACGUCCAGUCUGCUGCUUACCCUGGAGUCUACCCACGGAAUUUACAUUGCAGGUAUCACCUGAACACGCGUCUGCCGUACAUAAAGCUGUACAUAGAGAACGAGGAGUUCAAUAUAGACGGGCAGCGCUGCGAGAACAUCAUGACUUGUCCUAUGCGCCCCAUCACUUCCGGUUCCGAUAACUGCCCGUACGACUACAUCCGCAUCUACGACGGCAAGGACGAGUCGGCGGCGGUGAUCGGCACGUUCUGCGGCAUGGGCAAGUUCCCCUACUCCAUCAUCGGGACCUCCCAGGACCUGUUCGUGGAGUUCGUUAGCUCACCGGCCGGUCCUCUCCUCAACACGGGCUUCCACUUCAACGUGGGCAACUGGCCUGGCCACGUGGAGGCGCCAGGGUCGAAGGUCGGGAACUGCGACUGGCUACUCACCGCCGACUCGCUGAAGAAGUCCGGAGACAGCGAGGGGAUCUUCCUGAGUGUAGCCCACUGGUACCCACCGCACACCAGCUGCACCUACCUGAUGCAGGGUUUCCCGGGACAGGUGGUGCGGUUGUACUUCCCGAGCUUCCGGAUCAACCGCAUCGAAUCCCCCAUUACGCCGUGGACGGGGGACUGCGGGGAGUCACUCACACUGUACGACGCGCCGCGACCAGACGACGCGAAGAUCAUCAAGACCUUCUGUGACACCUUCAGCCGACCGAUGGAGAAACACGACUUCGUGUCCACUGGAAACGCCAUGUUCGUGCGUUUUGAGAGCAAGACGGGUAGCUACAGCGGAUCAUCUCUCUACUACUGGGCCCACUACGACUUCUUCAACAACACUCGCUUCGGGGAACCUGUUCCCAACACUGCCUGUGACGAAGUCAUCGCCUCCUGGAAGCAAAGGGCUGGGCGCAUCAGAUCUCCCCUUAACACCUUGGUGUACAAGCAGGCGCCACCGGGAGAAGACGUCCACUGCUUGUACAGAUUCGUGACGGACAGAAGGAUCUUCGCGAGGGUCAUACUGACGAUACUGAGCGUAAAUUUCAAGGAGCAUCCGUACACACCUGUCUCCUGCCAGAACUGCUACGAAGAUCGGGCGGACAAACUUAUCAUUUGGGAACCUUACCCUGGAGGUAAAACUAUCAACUCCUCUAUUGGCGCCACCACUACGCCCCUACCCCUACAUAUAGCAGUACAGAAGUCACUGGGAUCUUGUCUCUGCGCCAAGCACGCUAACACGGUGACCCGGGCAAGACCUUACAGAGUAGUAUCUUCGGGAGAGGCUUUGAAUCUUCAGCUCAUUGUCGAUAACGCGCAUGCUGCAGCCUCAUACUUCAAAAAUCCAGCACCACUUUUUGAAGCCAGAUACGAGUUUGUGCACGGACCGCUUUGCGGGCCUGCUGUUUUAGCUGCAGCUUUAGACGGCGAAAUAGUGUACCCUCAUCUUGAGGCUUUGGGCUAUACUGAACCACCAAAACGUAUACAAUGCAUCUGGGACUUGGAAAUCGAAGAGAAGAGAGACAUUUGGCUGCACUUCGAUAGCAUCAAAUUCGUUUCUCGUCAUUGUGACGAUGGAAAUAUUCAGAUUUAUUUGCCAGGUCGGAUUGAGCCGUAUCUUUCUGUUUGUGGAGAAAAUGUUUCGCUGGCAAGAGAGUUGCCUAUUCUAUCAGCUGGUGAGCUCGGAUUUGAAUCUCUGGAUGACCCGCUCGUGCUGGACAAAGAAAAAACUAGAUCAAUCAGAAUCGUUUUCAUCGGCAGUGCAUCUCCAGCGCGAGCGACUUUUAAAAUAGCCUGGACAGGUCUCUACCAUUUACCCAAAAAUUCGGAUGGGACUCUAAUGACAUCUCGGCUCACCGACAGUACAUCAUCCAAAUCUGGACAAGGCUGCGACUUUAUCUGUCCCGGCGAGGAAGCUUUAUGUAUUCCGGCUCGACUCAUCUGCAAUGGUGUUGUUAAUUGUCCUAACGUUACAUCCGGUGAGCGCAAGUAUUGGACAGCCGAAGAGAGGCGAGCCAGAGAAUCAUACUCGGAAGAUAGUAUGCGCAGGUUGGGUUAUUUGGAUGCACUCGGAGGUGUUCCUUUGGGGCAGCUACACGAUGAAGCGCCAGAACUGUGUGCAAGCAUGAGAAACACGGGUGGGGGAGACUGGCUGGCUCCGUCUUUGGGCGCCGGUCUGGCUAUCGCUAUCGGAGUUUGCGCUUUAGCUGCCGCCUGGCGCCUGUGCUGCCGCAAGAGAUCCCCAGAUGAGGAGUCCCUGGACUACUGACAGUCAGCCCGCGGCCCGCACGUGCCGCCCACGCUCCACUCCCGGUCCUCAUCCAGGGAUCUGCCCUUGGACUGGAGUCUACAUUGACAAACGCUGUACUGAGUGCCGGAGCCCUACGUUGUUGGUUAUUAAUACGAACGUUUCGAUAAGAUGCGACACCGUGUAAUGUUUCUGUUGGCGUAAAUGUAAAUUUGCACGAACCCGUUCAGAUAGCACGUUAAUCGAUAUAUAAAUUCGUUUACGACAUAUCAAAAGUAAUUUACGUUUCACGUACGAUCGUUUAUGAUAUUUUGCACGUUACAUAUUUUGAUAGGCGGUAGAUACGAGUGACGGGUUAAGGCGCUCAAAUGUUAUUUUGUAAUUACUGUAUAUAUCCUCGAGCGAUCCCAGAGUUUCGGAUGCUUCGAUCAUAGGUUAGUACAAGGUGAUAGUAGCCGUAUCGUUUAAGAGUGACUCCUAGCAGUAUUAAUAGAUGAUAACGUUUUUGAUAAGCAUUCGAAUGUUGACACGUACCCUAUUUAGCGUAAGGAUUGCGAUUCCUACAACUUUUUUAAACACGAUACAAAUGAAGAUCAACGAUAUUUAAAUUUAAAACUAGAUAAAGUCCCCGAUAUUUAAUAAGAGUUUGGGAAAGAAGGAGAACGUCAUAACCGGUGGCGCAAUCGUGCGCUUUACAAAGUUGAACAAUAAAAAGUUGCAGGUGAACUCGACUCCGAGUUAUGGAUGAAACUGUUCCGACUUAAAAUUGUAAAAGUUGGUGCGGUAGUGCGAAAUUGUCUCUGAAAUUUAUUCUUUGGCGAUUAAAUUAUGAAAUAUUGUAAGGAGUGUAAAUAUUUGUAGAUAUACGAUCCCCCACUGCCGUUUUUCUUGUAUUCUCAUUUAAAAAAUCGCACUGAAGUAAUUGAAAUUCUUCAUCCAGUUUAGUUUAAAGUAUUAACGUUGUUCUAGAGUAUAUUUUAGCAUCUACCAAACUAUUUCGUAUUAUGAUUAUAUUCUUAAAAUUAGUUUAAUUGCUUGAUGUCAAUUCCUGUAGCUACAAUAAUUUUACUAGCAAUAAUUUCACCAUCAGAUGGAAUUGAUCAUCUUUUCAAUUUAUGAAUGAGUUCAAAUUGAAAUUUGUAAUUUUCCUGAUUCAAACGUAUCAAACGCGAUUUACAUGGAGACGAUUCCUUUUUUAUUUCGACUUUCAUGUCAGAGUUUAUUGUGUGAAACGCUUUGUAGUCUACCAAAAUGUCUAUUUUAGUUAUGAAUACAUAUUUCUUUAUACCUUCGAUCCUCAAUCACAUCUAAAUUCUAUAAAUUCUGAUCUCGCUUUUAUUGGAAUUUCGUUACAGUUCCAUUGGGGUGAGCAAAAUUCAGUUUGGGAAUGGAAUGUGUUUUAUUUAUACCUUUGCUCGUAAUUUUUCUCAUGUACUCUAUUUUGAUCUUACUUUCGGUAUUUGCUUGGAAUUCGUUGAAGAUAAUAUGAUUAUUGUUAUCAAUUUUUAUUAUUAUUCUGUGUUAAUUGUU